AUGGAAACCGCAAACAUGACCAAUCGGCAACCCAAAGCCAUGCACCCCAACGAGAAGUUUUUCCAAUACUUCACACAUGAAGUCACAGACAUCCGAGAACAAAUGGAACGACUCGAACAACGAAGUGUGUCCGGCGGCGAACGAGCAGACGCUGUGGACCACUGCCUCGCCAGCAUCGCCCGCCUGUCCAACGAAGUCAAGGACGCCUCAUCACACCUCCCGGCGUACGACCAGCGGACGUAUGGCACAGCAGUCAAAGCGCUGUCCGACCAGCUGCAGAACAUCCGAUCGACCUUCGCCCCGCGCCCGAAGUUCUCCUUCAAGUCUGGGUCAAUGUUCACGGCGAGAAAGAACGAAUCUGCCAUCAGCUUGACUGACGCUGCCGAGCCUACGAACGAGAGACAAGGACCGGCCGAAAUGUCUACCGACUCGAGCUACGUAAAUUCGCCUGCUGAGCCCAGAUCACCUACAAUUGAGGCGGAGGGGGAGAGGCCUAUUGCGGAUGCUGUCGAUCUGGCGCGGAUACGGCAGCCGUCGUUCUCGCAAGCAACAACCAUCAACAUGGGCGAUCAUGACGGCGUCCACAUCAUCCUACCGUCCUCAGCAGCUCAUGCGACCAGCUCUGGCACCCUGUCCAUGCUCCGCCGUUGCAUCGUAGACAUGAGCAGGCCAACGACAACCGGCCAACCUUUGGCCGGACUCACAGUCAAGAACGUCAAGCAGUCUCUGGUCGUCUGCGGACACGUCAACGGCGCUGCUCACCUGACCAACAUCUCCAAUUCAGUCAUCGUGGUCGCCAGUCGCCAAUUCCGGAUGCACGAGAGCCGCAACUGCGACAUCUACCUCUUCACCAGCAGCCGCCCGAUCAUCGAGGACUGCCAGAACAUCCGCUUUGCGCCGCUGCCCGAAACGUACAAGGCGCAUGAGCAUGAAGGGGUGGAGAACCAGUGGCAGAACGUGGACGACUUCAAGUGGUUGAAGAACGAGCACAGUCCGCAUUGGAAUAUCCUAGACGAGGCUGAGCGCAUUCCAGAGAGCGUGUGGACGGGUGUGGUGCCUGGUGGACCGCAACAUGGGACGGAGGACAUCCUGCGUGCGGUGGGCGUGGCUCAGUGA